CUGAGGGGCCGGGCUGUGUGCUGCGCGCGCUGACACGGUUGGGUUGUGUCGUGUCGGUUUGGUUCGUGCCGGGGCCUGGCAUCGCAUGGCGCUGCGGAAUGGUCUGGGGCCUUGGCAGGGUGCCUGCUAUCCCCUCAGCCUUGCUUCCUAAUUGGGAAGGCAGGCGGGUGCGAGUGGUAUUAUGAGAGGCAGAUGUCUCACUUGGUCACAGUCAGCAUGGCGAGUCCGGCUGUGGAGUCUCUGUACCCGAAGAAGGACAUGAUACUGAAUAAAAGAGAUGGAUUUGAAGACUUGAUGGAAGAACGCAGACACAGCAGUGACCUCCGAUAUGCCAUGCGAUGCUACACUCCAGUAGUUUACAAGGAUCUUGUGCCCCGUACCCCUAGUGCUCUCAGGAGCAUUGUAUUGAAGUCUGACCAAGUGCAAUAUGUUAUCAGACAGUUAUCAAAAGAAACUGGUGAAUCUCUGGAUAUCAUUAGCGAUGAAGCAGCUGACAUUUUGGAGAAGAUGGGCCAUGAUCUUCGGCUAAGUGUAGUCCGGUUCUUUGCAUUUACCCUGAGCAAAAUAUUUAAAGCCCUAUUCCAGAAAGUGCGUGUGAACGAAGAAGGAAUCCAGAAGCUACAUCAGGCUAUACAAGAAUAUCCAGUCGUUCUUCUGCCAAGCCAUCGCAGCUACAUAGACUUCCUCAUGUUGUCGUAUAUCAUGUACAGUUAUGACCUCUGCUUGCCAGUCAUUGCUGCUGGAAUGGAUUUUAUGGGAAUGAAAAUAGUUGGAGAGAUGCUGCGAAUGUCAGGUGCCUUUUUCAUUCGCCGGUCAUUUGGAGGAGACAAAUUGUACUGGGCAGUUUUUUCUGAAUAUGUGAAAACUAUUUUGCGGAAUGGUGACGCUCCAGUUGAAUUUUUUGUGGAAGGGACCAGAAGCCGUACUGGAAAAUCUCUGACUCCCAAAUUAGGACUUCUGAACAUUGCUAUUGAACCUUUUCUGAUGGGGGAAGUUUUCGACAUGUACUUAGUUCCCAUAAGUAUAAGUUAUGAGCGAAUCCUGGAGGAAUCCCUGUAUGCACACGAGCUUCUAGGAGUACCAAAGCCAAAGGAAUCGACUUCUGGUUUGUUGAAAGCCAGGAAGAUUCUGAAUGAAAACUUUGGAAGCAUACAUGUUUACUUUGGGCAGCCUGUGUCGGUGAGAUCACUAGCAACUGGGACAGUUAAGAGAUCUCAGUACAACUUGGUCCCUAGGCAUAUACCUCGAAAACCAUCUGGAGAUGUACAUAGGUUUCUCGAUGCUGUAGGCCACAGAAUGGUGAUAUUGCAGCAGAAAAACAUGGUCAUCAGUUCCUGGGCACUAAUGGCUACAGUGAUCAUUCAAAACCUGCCCAGCAUUGCUCUGUCAGACCUUACCAGACAGACACUGUGGCUCAAAGCAAUUGCAGAAACAUUUGGUGCAUUUGUUGAUUGGCCUGGGAAUGUAACAUCUGACAAAGUGAUUCGCUCAAGUCUUGCCCUACGCCACAACAUUGUGAAGACAGUCAAAGACCAGGUUGUGCUCUGUCAAGAAGGGACACCAACUAAAUUCACAGUAGAAAAUAUUUUCAAGUACACCAUUUCCGUGCUGAUGUGCGCAUCCUAUAGAAAUCAGAUACUACAUGUUUUUGUGCGUCCUGCCUUGGUAGCAAUUGCAUUUCAAAAUGCACAAAGUUGCAGGAAAGAGGAUGUCUACAGCUGCUUCAGCUACCUGCAUCAAGUAUUGUCUGACGAGUUUAUUUUUUUGCCAGGAGAUCUCGUCAAGGACUUUGAUGAAGGGCUGUACUUGGUCACGAAGAGUGGUGCCAUUCAGGGCUCCCACACAGACCUCUACAUUUCUGAGAAGGGCAGUGAUACCAUUUCCUUUUUAUCAGAAAUGUUCAGACCUUUUCUGGAAGGUUAUCAGGUUAUUUGCAAAUAUCUGUUGAGCACAGAAUUCACUGACCAUUUUACUGAGAAGAGAUUUAUCACUGAAAUCCGAAGCUAUGCUGCAGAACUUAUUUUAACAGGUGCCAUAAAAUAUAAUGAGGUCCUCUCAGUGGAUAUGCAGAAAAAUGCAUUGGCUGCUUUAACUCGGCUUGGUGCUAUGGAGAAAAUGAAGAUAGCUAAUGGGAAUGUCUAUAAGGUGAACAAGCAGAGUGUCACAAGGGUAGCAAACAUGUUGGUGCCCAUGGCUCCAAUAAAACAUGCUACUGUGGCCAGGCUUUGAGUCCAGAUAUCUUGCAGUUCCUGAGGAAGCUAUACCUACAUUCUGCUAGUGGCAGAUGGAAUUUGUUUUUAUAUUUUGAAUAUGUGAAACCCAGGUACUGAGCUGAUUGGAAAGAAAUGGGACAGGAAAUGGAGCAGGUCCAGGGUUAGGAAAUGCUAAUCUGUUUCGAACAGCUAAAAAUCUCUAACAAUGAAUUCUUAGUGCUUAUGUUUUGAAUUGCUUUCACCUAAGGUGUCUUCUUUGGUUGUUUUUAAAAAAACAAGUAUGCAAGUGGAGAUUUUGUUACAUGUAAAUAUUAAUGUAGCCAUACCAGGACUGAAAUUUGUUCUUACCUGAAAUGUUCAGUUCAAAGUCCAAACAAGCCUGAAUGAAAGAGUUUAGAGGUCAGUUUCUCAAGACUAAUCAGAUAGUACUGUUUCUAUUUAAGGUUCUUUGAACAUCUAUGGGGCCAUUGCUGGAGAUAUCUUUGAGAUGUAGUUACGGUUGUGGGCAAAAAUGUUCCUAAUGGCACUUCCUGAAAACAGCCAAAAUAAAAUGAUAAAUCCUGCUCUCAACAGAGAAUUUCUGAGCAAAGUUGCCUCAGAACCACAGUUCACUAUAUUCCAGUUCAGAUUUGCUCCAUAAAAUUACACUAAUGAUGAUUUGUUUGAUACAGCAGAUGCUGCAGUUUUCACAUUGGUUGCAUUAUGAAAAGUCCAUUGGAAAUUAGAACAUCAGAGUAAAAUUCUCUUUUGUACUCCAUACAGGAGACAACAGAAACUUUUGUGAUGUACAAACAGAUAAGGCUAGCUAGUUUAAUCUAAGAUUGCAUCAGUAAUGGAAACUACUGUUGCAUUGAGAAUGUAACUACUCUUGGGACCCCAUCUGUAAACAUCUUCAUGUGGCAAAUAUCAGUCAAGGUACAAAAGGAUUUUAUUGUCAGCCACAGUUCCACUGCAGAUAAUAAGAUUCUUUGUAGUUUGUAAAAGAGCAUUUUAAUGUAUGUGAUAUAUGUUGAGACAUCCUGUGGAUGGCAUGUUUAAUCAAUUUACAUCCAGGAAAUUACUGCAGUAAUGGAGUCCUGAAGUCAGGAAUGUUGUGGAGACUGAGCAACUGUAUGGUCACUCCAGAAGUUAGGAGUAUGGUAAUGUGGUCAUUGACAAUUUGCUUGCUCCAGAAAUACAGCUGAAUGGUUGUUCCAUAAGUGGAAGGAAUCAUGUAUUCACUCCAAUAAUUGGAUCACUCCUGAAAAAAACACCAUACGAUCACUCCAGAACUGAGUACAAUUACUUCAGCAAUUAGAUCAAUCCUGAUAAAGGGACAUGUGAUCACUCCGCAAGUGAGAGUCAUGUUGGUUUUUAUUUAGCUUGAUUAAACAUGUUGACAUACCUCUGUGGCAGGCUGGUCUUGAAACUGAACCUUUUGGCCCAGAGGUAAGUUCAGAUUACUCCAACAUAGAAUCACUCCUUCUAUAGAGUCAUAUGAUCACUGCAGAUGAGAGAUUAUAUAUUCAUUUUAGGAACACUCCGAAACAGCGUCAUGUCGUGAAUCCACUGUGUUUGGGCAGAGACUAAUGUUUGGAUGGAGGCCAUGUGAUCCAUGUGCUUUGCAGGUAUCUUUCAUGUAAUAGAACUAAACCAUCUGAGUGAGGAAAAGGCCAUCUUUGUGGAAACCAAUUUGUUAAAGGAACAUUUUAAAUAUAGUUUUUGGGUACUUAAAUUCUCUUAAUAAAUUAAUAACUAUAUCAAACACUUGUGUUUUAUAGAUACUACAGUAACCUUGUGAAUUUUAUUUCCCUUGGUUCAGGCCAUUGUGCCUAAACAUAGGAACAGCUUAUAGAUUUUGAGGUUUGGUAUUUGUAGUUACACCUUAAUUUUUGAGGCAUUUUAGAUUCUUUAGCUCUUGAGUAACACCAAUUCAUAGUUUUGAAAUAAAAUACAGUUUAACAAUAGUGCUCAUCAAGAUCCAACAGGUCUGUGGUCUUCCAGCUUGGCCAUUCCAUAGUCUCAUUGUCCACAGCUGAUUUCACAGAUAACUUGAACAGAAGCUCCAGAUUUAGAUCACCUGGAAUGUUAAUGCAGAGAAGGCUAACUGGACAAACAUGCCACUUGCUAGCUUGAAAAUAGGGUUUGCUUUUUAAGUAACAAGGAUAAUGUAUAUAAACAUAUUUUGGAUAACAUGAAUGGUCUUUAUUCUACUUUUUCCCUUUUAAGAAAGAAAAGGAACGGUUUCAAAAAGUGGUAUACUGUAAUUUUUUUUAAAGUCCAAGUAUAAAUAAAGAUCUUUGCACUGAUCAAAAUAAGUUUAUUAGAAUACUAGAAAUGGAGUAUCUGCAUUGAAAAGAUAGUUUUAAGUUACUACUUGACUUCAUUUAUGUGUACUUCUCAUAUUUCGUCUUUUUGAUUUAAUUUUGUACCUGGUGUCAAUAUUUUGCUUCACAGGAUACUGAAACGGCACUGUCUUGUAAUUUCAGCAAGUACACAGUAACUGACAACUUAGAUUUAAUUAGUUCAUUUUAUCACCAAUUUUUCGUACAUUUGCCUGUCUUGCACAAUUUUCUUUUUAAACUAUUAAUCCUCAACAAAUAUGUGCAACCCAAGAAAUCUGACUUGGCUGUGUUAGGCUAGGCUAGGCACUGAAACCCAUGUUGUAGUAUAAUAGAAAUUGGCGAAUGUCAUUCCGCUGUGAUCUCAUUAAAUUAAUCACAAUGUAACUGAUUGCCACAGACUUGAAUCUUUGGCUGCAUAACCUUUUGUAAAAUUGCUAUAAAUAAAAUUAACAAUUAAAAACA